UAAAUGUUCCCCUUUGGGGGGGGGGGGGCAAAAUACACUUGAAAGAAAUAGAUUUAAAAACUAUAUAUUUUUAAUAGGAACAAAUGUAUUUUUUCUCUAUUUGUUUUCAACCAAAGUGAGCAAAUAGAUUAUUAGGAAAAAUUUAUUGACAUCAACAAAUUCUCUUCAGGCUGAAAUUUGAAAAUCACCAGGGUUGCUUACUCCAAAGUAGCAUUGGUGACUUCUGAUUCUAUUUUUGUGUGGGGCACAUGGGUUCAUGCAAACACUGACUGCUAUUUAUGCACGGUAAACCUGCAUUGAUGUGUGCAUAAAUUACCCCUACAGUACACAUACAUGUGGACUCCACUAGCGUCUAUAAAUAGAACUGGAAAUUUAUGCACUGUGUGCAACAUACUUAGGCAUUCAUGUACAGGUACAUGUACAGUGCAUUGCAUUCACAUCAAACGGUGUCAACUGCCUACGUUGUGCGCCAUCUUCAAGAAGGAUAGUUUCAAAUUUUCUUCUAAAACUAACAAAAAGACUUCAAUUCAGGUUAAAAACAACAAUUGAUUCUUCAAGAAGUCAAGAUGGCAUCUAGUGUUACAGCUCAAUCAGUGUUGGAGAAGAUUAGUGUGGAUCAUCUAGAAUGCUCCAUCUGCACCAACCGUUUCAGGCAGCCCAAACUGCUGGACUGUUUGCAUAGUUUUUGCCUGCAAUGCCUCCAAGAGCUCAGACAGAGCCAAGAUCCUAGUGGUACAAAGCUGACAUGUCCUCUGUGCAGACAUGAAACCAUGUUGAAAGGGUCUGGGGUUGCCGAUCUCCCUAAUAACUUUGCAUUCAGUGCCCUGGUGGAGGAAGUUACAAUGCAGGAAAAGCUACUGGAAGGUCAAGGGUCAGACAUCAAAUGUCAAGCCUGUGAUGAGGAGAAUCAGGCUAUUUCAAGAUGCAUGGACUGUGAUCAUUUCCUCUGUCAAGAAUGUCAAAAGGCACACGGACGUAUGACUGUCAUGAAAUCUCAUAAAAUCUACACACUGGCUCAAUUUCGAUCAGGAAAGAUUGUCUACAAGAGUAAACUAAGAGAAGACAUUCCGCGAUGUGGUAACCAUCCAGAUCAGAAUCUCAAUGUCUACUGUAAUACAUGUGAACAAGUCAUAUGUACAACUUGCUCUGUACUUGAUCAUGCCAAACAUUCUCUCAUUGGCCUACCUGUGGCUUUUGAGAAAUGUAAGAAACAAAUAGAAGAACUUGUUGCAAAAGUUGGUCAAAGCAAAACAGAACUGAACACCACCAUAGAGAAGACUUCCAUAUCUCGCAAGAAACUCGACAUCAUGUUUUCAAACACCAAGAAGAAAAUCUCAGAUAAGGCUGACCAAGAGGUUGCCAAGACCCGUCAGGAGGAGCAGAAACUGUUAACAGAGACUGACAGGAUUUACCAAGAGAGAGUCAGAACAUUUGAAGCUGCUCAAGCUAAGAACAGGAAAGAGGUGACACAGACAGAGAACAAGCUGGAGGAGGUGAAACAGCUCAUGAAUCAAGCAAGUUGCUAUGAGAUUCCUGAACUUCAGCAGAAGCUCUUGCAUAACCUUGGUGAAUUGACAGGGAAACAGCCACAACAAGUUCCUGACAAGUUGACCUUCAUGGACUUUGAAGAAGGAGAGAGAUCACUUGGGAGACUCAUUCUGGAAGAAGAGCCACAGACUGCAGAAAGGCAAUCACCAAGACCUGCAAGAUCAUGUGUGAAGGAGAAAUGGCAAGUGAAGACUGAUUUCAACUUUGGAUUAACAGGUGUAUACAUGGAAAUACCACAUGUUGCAGCACUCUCUGGCAACAAAAUACUUGCACUGUCUCAAAAUUAUUAUGGAAACAGUGGUGCAUUAUUUACAGCUUCAAUACCCAAUAGUCACCAGGAACAAUCUCUUAUCCCACAAAGGCUACAAAUCAAUGGCCUCACUAAAGAUGUAAGGUGUAUCGCAGUGAGCAAGGAUGACAAGCUCCUUGCUCUAGAUGUUCGAGUAGUCAAGGUCUUCAACAAGCAACAUCGGCUCCUCCAUCAGAUCACACCAGACUACUAUGGUACCAGUGUAUUCUCAGUAGACAUAACCAGCAACAUGCAGGGGGAUGGGAACCAUACUGGUGUGUGCUGUGACAGUGAUGGCAGCAUCUACGUUGCUGUGGAUGGAUAUCCAACAUGUGGUGGUGAUCUGGUAGUGGCUGCAGGACAGUCUGCAAAGGUCUAUCACCGAGUGUAA